CUCGCUGCAAUAGAUCAAGCUCGAGUGAUUUUAUUCGACCACUCCCAUCUCCCCAUCUCCCUUCACAAAAUAUCUCAGACACUGAGCACAAUGGGUGUGGCGGCCAUCUUAACGGAUUUGCGUCCGCCACGCCGCCUGGUGCUCCCGUUCAGCUGCGGGACGCUCCUGCUGCUAUGCAUGGGCACCAUCUACUCGUUCGGCGUGCUCGGCGUGCGCAUCAAGUCGCGCCUGGAGCUGACCGAGCCCGAGAUCACGGCCAUCCAGACUGCGGGCCUGCUCGGGAUGUACUUUGGCGUGACGUCGGGCCUGUUCUUUGACCGCUUUGGCCCGCGCCUGACCUGCCUGGUCUCUGCUGCAAUCGCCAGCGGAUGCUACCUUGUGACGUACGCGAGCCUCGCGGGGACGUUCUGGGCGCCCACGGAUACGCCGUACGAGCUGCUCGUCGCCCUCUUCUUUGGCAUCGGACAGGCCUCCCACGGCUUUUACACGGCCGCGAUGGCUGUCAAUCUGCGCUGGUUGCCGUUCCACAUCCGGGCCAAGGCGACCGGCGUGCUCGCGGCGUGCGUCGGGCUCUCGUCCGGCAUCUUCACCCUCAUCUACGAGGCGUUCAACGAGGCCAACAGCUACUACAUUUUCGUCGCGGGCGCCUAUACGUUCGUGGGUAUCAUUGGUGCAAUAUUCCUCAAGUUCCCUCCGUCGAGUGGCGACGGAGCAGCUGCUGCGCAUUCGUCAACGUCGGCUGGCACGACUGAAAUUGCCAUGACACCACCAAAGCGGCAGCGAUCGUCGCGGCGGUCGGCAAAGUACGCUCGCCUUCAAGAGGAGGAAGAAGCAGAUGAAGACGACGACGACGAAGACCACGAUGAUGCUCAAGCAGAGAAGGAAGAAGCCGCCGCCGCCGCCGCCGACGACGACGAAGGCCAGAACGCACCUUCUGUCGACGAGGAGAGUCACAAGCAGCUCGCACAGCUCGCACAGACAGACCCGAAUCUCGACAUUACCGGCAAGCGCUUGCUGCUCAAUUCAAACUUUUGGAUUUUGUUUUUCGUCAUGGCAAUGCAAGAUGGUGCUGGUGCCAUGUUUAUCAACAAGCUCGGCUCGAUUAUUGCGACAGAGCCAGACUGUGGCUGCAACAAGAGCACGCUCACGGUCGCGUUUGCCAUUGCGAACGCAUGUGGUCGCAUCUUCUGGGGCUCUGUUGCCGAUGCCUACCGACGGGUCCUGUCGCCCGUUUUGGUACUGCUCCUCACGGUGGCCGGAAUGGGUGGUGCAAUGGUCUUUGUUGCAGCAUUCCCAGCGCAGCUGGCGUUGGCGUCCAUCAUUGUAGCGCUGUGCUUUGGCGGCCUCAUGGCGCUGGGCCCCGUCAUUGUCGGCGAGCUGUUUGGCUUCAAGCAUUUCGGUACCAACUGGGGAAUGACAGUCUUGUCGCCUGCCGCGGGUACGAUUCUGUUCAGCAUCAUGUACAGCCAAAUUUACGUGUCGCAGAUUGCCGAUCCCACCCAAACCAACUGCUACGGUGUCGCUUGCUUCCGGCUGUCCUUCAUUCUGGCGGCCUUGGCGUGUGCAGUUGCGACUGUCGUUUGCUACUGGCUUCACCGACGAACGUAUGCCAAUCCUGCCUGCGUCAUUGCGACAGGUUCGCGAUCAGGCGCCAUGCAUUGAUAUUUCCCCCACCAGCGAAACUCAUCGUUAUUGUUUUUUUUUUUGUUAUUUUCACUUUAUGUUAGUUUCAUGUAUUUUUGUCAACCCUGUUCGUAAACGACUUUGUAUUGCAAAUCAACUCAUCUCCCACAACUGCG